CAAAGGAGUCAGGACAGCCGUAGAAGAAGAACAUGCAGGAUGACGGCUCUGCUUCAUGCGCCUGUAAAGGCAUCCGGCGGUGUUUAAAGUGUGAAAAUGUGAAGGGAAAAGAACAGCUGGAGACAAAUGAACCUAAAGCUGUGCAUCAGUUCCUGUACGAUCCUGAGACGAGGCUUGCUGUUCCCAGAGAUGCCGACUCUUCGUGCUUCUCUUUCCCCGGAGUCUUCCUGCAGGAGGACUUCAUCUCCGAGGAGGAAGAAGUGGAACUGAUCAGGACGAUAGAUCGAGACGUUUGGAACGACUCGCAGUCAGGACGCAGGAAACAGGAUUUUGGUCCCAAAGUUAACUUCAAGAAGCAGAAGGUGCGCCUCAGCAGUUUCUCUGGACUCCCUGCUGUGAGCCGCUCUCUGGUCCUCCGGAUGCAGAGCGAGGCGUCGUUAGAGGACUUCAGACCGGUGGAGCAGUGCAACCUGGAAUACCUUCCCCAGCGAGGGUCCUCCAUCGACCCCCACCUGGACGACAGCUGGCUGUGGGGUGAGCGCCUCGUCACUGUCAACAUGUUGUCAGACACUACGCUCACUAUGUCCCUGGAGGAGAGGCUUAAAGAGGCGGGGCUUGAAGUAGAGGAAGUCCAGGUCUCCGUGCUUCUUCCUCGGAGGUCGUUGUUGGUGUUGUUCGGAGAGGCGAGACACCGAUGGAAACAUUCGAUCCGACGGGAAGAUAUUCAGGAUCGCAGAGUGUGCAGCACCUUCAGAGAGCUGUCGGAGGACUUCCUGUCGGGGGGGCGGCACGAGGAGAUGGGGGCGAAGCUGCUGGACAUCUCACUGAGCUUCAGAGGGACGCCUGUAUAGAGACGGCUCAAAUACUAUGUUUGUUCCUGGGACAUUUUUAUUUUUUUGUAUAUAAUUAAUUUGGUUAAAGUGUUUUUAUUAAUAUGGAAAAUGUGGGCAUUGUACUGAAAUAUUUAACAAAUAAAUUGGAUUGGAACAUUAAGGAAACAAAUUAUAAAAAUACAAUAAAUAAUGUAUAUAAAACAGA